AUGAAGUUUCUCCUACUUUGUGCCUACAUGCUACUACUUAUGAUUUCCCAGCUGAGGGCAGUCAGCUUUCCUGAAGACGAUGAGCCCCUUAACACUGUUGAUUAUCACUAUUCAAGGCAAUAUCCGGUUUUUAGAGGACGCCCUUCAGGCAAUGAAUCGCAGCACAAGCUGGACUUUCAGCUGAUGUUGAAAAUUCGAGACACACUUUAUAUUGCUGGCAGGGAUCAAGUUUAUACAGUGAACUUAAAUGAAAUCCCCAAAACAGAAGUAAUACCAAGCAAAAAACUGACAUGGCGGUCAAGACAACAGGAUCGAGAAAACUGUGCUAUGAAAGGCAAGCAUAAAGAUGAAUGUCACAACUUUAUUAAAGUAUUUGUUCCAAGAAAUGAUGAGAUGGUUUUUGUUUGUGGUACCAAUGCAUUUAAUCCCAUGUGUAGAUACUAUAGGUUGAAUACCUUAGAGUAUGACGGGGAAGAAAUCAGUGGCCUGGCAAGAUGCCCAUUUGAUGCCAGACAAACCAAUGUUGCCCUCUUUGCUGAUGGAAAACUGUAUUCUGCCACGGUGGCUGACUUCUUGGCAAGUGAUGCUGUUAUUUAUCGAAGCAUGGGCGAUGGAUCUGCCCUUCGCACAAUUAAAUAUGAUUCCAAAUGGAUAAAAGAGCCACAUUUCCUUCACGCCAUAGAGUAUGGAAAUUAUGUCUAUUUCUUCUUUCGAGAAAUUGCUGUAGAACAUAAUAAUUUAGGCAAGGCUGUAUAUUCCCGUGUGGCCCGUAUAUGUAAAAACGACAUGGGUGGUUCCCAGCGGGUCUUGGAGAAACAUUGGACUUCCUUUCUAAAGGCUCGGCUCAACUGUUCUGUCCCUGGAGAUUCGUUUUUCUAUUUUGAUGUUCUGCAGUCUAUUACAGACAUAAUGCAAAUCAAUGGCGUCCCCACUGUGGUUGGGGUAUUUACCACACAGCUCAACAGCAUUCCUGGUUCUGCAGUCUGCGCCUUUAGCAUGGAUGACAUUGAAAAAGUAUUCAAAGGACGGUUUAAAGAGCAGAAAACUCCAGAUUCUGUUUGGACAGCAGUCCCUGAAGACAAAGUGCCAAAGCCAAGGCCCGGCUGUUGUGCAAAGCAUGGCCUUGCCGAAGCAUAUAAAACCUCCAUCGAUUUUCCUGAUGAAACACUGUCGUUCAUCAAGUCCCACCCCUUGAUGGACUCUGCUGUUCCACCCAUCGCUGACGAGCCCUGGUUCACAAAGACUCGGGUCAGGUACAGAUUGACGGCCAUUGCCAUUGACCAUUCUGCUGGACCCUACCAGAACUACACAGUCAUCUUUGUUGGCUCUGAAGCUGGCAUGGUACUUAAAGUUUUGGCAAAGACCAGUCCUUUCUCUUUGAACGACAGCGUAUUACUGGAAGAGAUUGAAGCUUACAACCAUGCAAAGUGUAAUGCUGAGAAUGAGGAGGACAGAAGAGUCAUCUCCCUGCAGUUGGAUAAAGAUCACCAUGCUUUAUAUGUGGCAUUCUCUAGCUGCGUUAUUCGAAUCCCCCUUAGUCGCUGUGAGCGCUAUGGAUCAUGUAAAAAGUCUUGUAUUGCAUCUCGUGACCCAUAUUGUGGCUGGUUAAGCCAGGGAGCCUGUGGAAAAGUGACCCCAGGGAUGUUUGCUGGAGGAUAUGAGCAAGACACAGAAUAUGGCAAUACGGCCCACCUUGGGGACUGCCAUGGUGUACGAUGGGAAGUCCAGUCUGGGGAGUCCAACCAGAUGGUCCACAUGAAUGUCCUCAUCACCUGUGUCUUUGCCGCUUUUGUUUUGGGUGCAUUCAUUGCAGGUGUGGCAGUAUAUUGUUAUCGUGAUAUGUAUGUUCGGAAGUCCAGAAAGAUCCAUAAGGAUGCAGAGUCUGCCCAGUCAUGCACAGAUUCCAGUGGAAGUUUUGCAAAACUGAAUGGUCUCUUUGACAGUCCAGUUAAGGAAUAUCAACAGAAUAUUGAUUCUCCCAAAUUGUAUAGUAACCUUCUGACCAGUCGGAAAGAGCUACCACCCAAUGGAGAUACCAAAUCCAUGGUGAUGGACCAUCGAGGCCAACCUCCAGAGCUAGCUGCCCUCCCCACACCUGAGUCUACACCUGUGCUGCACCAGAAGACCCUGCAAGCCAUGAAGAGCCACUCAGACAAGGCCCACAGCCAUGGAGCUUCAAGGAAAGAAACCUCCCAGUUUUUUCCUUCUAGUCCUCCACCCCAUUCCCCAUUAAGUCAUGGGCAUAUCCCCAGUGCCAUUGUUCUCCCUAAUGCUACUCAUGACUACAACACAUCUUUCUCAAACUCCAAUGCUCACAAAGCUGAAAAGAAGCUUCAAAAUAUUGACCACCCUCUUACAAAAUCAUCCAGCAAAAGGGAUCAUCGGCGUUCCGUGGAUUCCAGAAAUACCCUCAAUGAUCUUCUAAAACAUCUAAAUGACCCAAAUAGUAACCCCAAAGCCAUCAUGGGAGACAUCCAAAUGGCCCACCAGACCUUAAUGCUGGAUCCUGUGGGAACUAUGUCUGAGGUCCCACCUAAGGUCCCCAACCGGGAGGCAUCACUGUACUCUCCUCCGUCAACUCUCCCCAGAAAUAGCCCAACCAAGCGAGUGGACGUCCCCACCACUCCUGGAGUCCCAAUGACUUCUCUGGAGAGACAAAGGGGCUAUCACAAAAAUUCCUCACAGAGGCACUCUAUAUCAGCUAUGCCUAAAACUAUGAACUCACCAAAUGGUGUUUUGUUAUCCAGACAGCCUAGUGUAAACCGUGCAGCAUACAUGCCCACCCCCUCAGGAGCGAAGGUGGACUACAUUCAAGGGACACCAGUGAGUGUUCACCUGCAGCCUUCCCUCUCCAGACAGAGCAGCUAUACCAGUAAUGGCACCCUCCCUAGGACGGGACUAAAGAGGACACCGUCCUUAAAACCUGAUGUGCCACCAAAGCCUUCAUUUGUUCCUCAAACCACGUCGGUCAGACCACUGAACAAAUACACUUACUAGGCCUCAAGUGUGCUAUCCCCAUGUGGCUUUGUCCUGUACACGUUGAGAGGAUGCUGUAAGGGUACCUUAAGACAAGAGAUUUGCUUGUAUUUUAAGAGAAUGAAGUGGCCAAAGAAACUCUUUUUAACUUUGGCAGCAUCAGAACUUGCCACAUGUAGCUACCGCAGCAAGGCUUCUGAGUACUUGCCUGAAAACAAAGGAAGGUGCUGGUCAUUCCAUUUCUUUUGUUUGAAGCUAAAGAGAUGGGUAGCUCUAAGGGGCUACCUUACCAGUAUAAAAAGAGCUGACACAGUACUCAGAAGAAUCUGUAAGCAAAUACUUGAAAAUGGGUUCAAUUUAGACUGCCAUUCUGUGUGGUCUUCCCAUUAAAUGUGAACAUUUUAUUAUGUAUGCGUUCACCUUGCCUCUUGCACAAAUGUC